UACAGGCACAUGAUGAGCGAGAGGCAACGGAGGGAGAAGCUCAGGCAAGAAUACAGAAUCCUGCACUCCAUGCUCCCCCGCGGAUCCAAGAAUGACAAGGUGUCGAUAGUUCGAGAGGCGGCUCGGCAGCUGAAGAUAUUGAAGAGAAGGAACGAGGAGCUGCAGAGACGGGGCGGCGCAGCCAGCCAUGGGCCGAGAUUUGCGGAUAGAAGGGAGGAGGGUGGGGAAGAAGGGAGAGAGGAGAGGUCAAGCUUAGAGAUUAGAGUGCAGAAACCAGUUUCUGUCAUUGAUGCUGCCAUGAAAGUUGCAGAGUGCUUGAAGGGUAGAAGGCUGAGCGCGAUGGGGUUGAGGGCGGAGAGGAUCGACUCUCGAGAAGUCUCUGUCGUGGUAGACGUUUUAGCUGAGCCUGCAUGCAACGUCGAAGUCUGCUUUUCGUACUUCUUGUUUAGAAGCCACCAAGUGAUCGUGAUCGUCCAUGAGGAAGGCAAGUAGACUGGAUAUAUAGCACAUUCGACUAUUGGCUUCCACAUGUGAUUUGCGCACAUUCGACUAUUGGCUUCCACAUGUGAUUUGCGUGGACAGGACAUGAAAGAAGCCGCGAAAGCAACCAGAAGGCUUCUCGAUCGGCGGCCAUAGAUACAAAGCCGGGCUUGAAGACCUCAACUUUUCCCGGCGAAGCUUUCUUUCUAUUUGUCUUUCGGAGGGAUGAAAGCUCUUCCAAUGAACGGUGCUUGAGGUUCACUCAGGUUUACGUGCAGAAUUGAUCAUCGUCCAGCUGAGUCACUAAUAAACAGUCUGGCCUUUGAAAAAGACCCUUGAUAAUAGAACGAACAUGGGAGGAGGAAGUCUUCAGCGAAAUCUGCAAUAAUAAAUGAUUUGCUCGGGAAAUAAGGAGGAGGUGGA